AUGAACAAAUCAACAACCAAUCAAUUUUAUGUAAAAAGGCCGCAAUUCCAAUGUCUUUAUGCAGAGCUUGGCUCCAUGAUCCAAACCCUUUUCAACCACGAAGACCAAGAUCUACACAACUUUGAAAAAGCCAAAGAACUGAAGAAAAGAUUCAAAACUGCAGCUGAAGAGGCAGAAGAUAUCGUCGAUAUCUUUCUAUCAGCUGUCUACUGUAGAAACAACAGGUAUUCACCUAUAUCUAAUGUCUUUCAGCCCUAUCUCCACCUCGAGGUUGUUAUGAGAUCAAUCGAGUCUAUCAAGAUAGAGUUUAUGACCAUGAACAUCGAUAACAUGAAGAUGGACUCUUCUCUGAGAACUGACAGACUGCAAAUGCAAUCUUCUGGAACUUCCCGCAGUAGAAAUUCAUUCGGAUUGAAGAAAGUAAAGGAAGAAAUGGUUGUGGGGAUUGAUCGUGAUGCUGAGAAAAUAUGGCACAAACUUGUUGAAGAUGGAAAACAUCUGGAUGUGAUCUUUAUUGUGGUAUGGGUGGAAUUGGUAAGACAACCCUGGCCAACAAAGUGUUCACCGAUCCCUUUGUUGUUUAUCAUUUUCAUUCGCCUCACUGAAGUUGCUGCACAUGCAAAAUCCCAUGGACUCAUUCAUCAUUUACAACAUUUAAAAGAAGAAGAAAGUUGGAAGUUGCUGUGUAGGAAGGUGUUCCAAGGAGACGAGUGUCCUGAAUGGUUGAUUAAACCUGGAAUGCAAAUUGCAAAAAACUGUCACGGAUUGCCGCUUUCUGUGGUUGUGAUGGCAGGAGUUUUAGCAAAAGAAGCAAGGAGUAAAGACGCAUGGCUAAAAAUUUCUGGCAGUGUCCAUUCUUACAUGGCUAGUGACGAGAAAGGAUGUCUGGAAACAAUAGCAUUAAGUUACCACCAUCUACCUCUUCACUUGAGAGUCUGCUUUCUUUUUCUUGGAGGGUUUCCAGAAGACUACAAGAUGUAUUCACCAUGGUUGCUUUGGGUAUGGAUGGCUGAGAGAUUUAUACAAGAAGAUGGAAGUCGAAGCUUGGAGGAAAUUGCCAAGGGUUACCUGAUGGAUCUAGUUGACAGAAAUCUUCUAAUUGUACAAAAAGGGUAUCUUUCAGGUGAUGUCAGACGCCGUAAAGUCCAUGAUCUUGUGAAGCAGCUAUCUAUGGAAAAGGGAAAAGAAGAAAGAUUCUUCCUAAAAAUAGAACCACCAUCUAAUUGUCUUUUGUGA